CACGUCAUGUGACUUCAGUCAAUAAAAAUGAAAGCACUAGGCAGCUGGUGUGAAGCUGUAGCUCUUAUUUUUAUCCUUAAAUUAUAUUUUAACGCGAGUUAUCAGCUGACUGGGCUGCAGGUAUGCUCGCUCUGUGAUGGUACUGUCCAAAACAACACCUACGUGGGUAACUUCUGCUCUUCAUCUGCUGGACGGAUUGACAAGAGGUGCUGUUUAGCAAAUGAUAACUCAAGCGACCCUAAACGCAUCAUCGGGUUGGAUUUAUCCAGUUGUUCACUGACUCAAGUGGAAGACCUUUCAGGAGCAUCCACAGUGGUGGUGAUAGAUCUGUCACUGAAUACCAUUACCAACAUCAGUGAUAAAGUCUUCCAAGGAUUUCUUGACCUAAAUGUCUUGAUUUUACCAGAGUACAUAGCUUGUCCAGGUGGGAAUGCUUCAUGGCAACAGAUGGAAGUAAAACAAGGGAAGCAGCUUUGUAAGGACCAGAAAAACAUGUGCAACCAGACAGGACAGAUGUCUGCGAAUUGUCCAGAAAACUCCCUUUGCGGCCCCUAUGGUCCCGGCUUCUUUGAGUGUCACUGUGCUGAAAAUUACCAUGGAUACAAGUGUCUUCGGCAGGCGGAAUUUCCAGCGCUGAAGGUUUUCGGGCCUCUUGCAGCAUCCGCAGUUGUCAUCUCCUUCCUGUUGUGGAUUACCCAGAGACGCAAAGCCAAAUCACUCUGAGUCUGCACUACUUUUAAACUGACAAGAAACAGACUCCUGAAAGGGAUAAUAAUGCUGACAAAGCCCAGGGUGGCACCACACUCUGGUGUGAAUAUUUUACAAAUGUUACUGUAUUCGUUUUCAGGGGCAGCUGUAUUUUAUUUUUGGGGAGAGAAAAAAAACUGACAUUUUUAUUAUAAUUAAUGUGGUCUAAUUUUUAGGUAAAAAUAUGCAUUUUAAAAUAUGACCUAAUUUUUUUGACACAUAUUACCACUGGUGUUGCUUUUUUUUAAGUAGACUUACAGAUAACAGUGAACACUGAAUUAUUCUGUUAAACAAGUGCUUAACGUGUGCGAGUUUACACCAGAAAAAAUGUUUUGCAUGUUUAGAAAAAGUUGAGCAUCAACUCAUUGCAUGCUGACUGUGUUUUAAUAUUUUUGGGGGGGAAGGGGGUGACGGUGCUGGUAAGAGGAGGGGGCAGCGGGUUAGCUGUGUUAAAUUUAAACCAAAACUGCAAGUUUAGCUGCACUUUAAUGAAAAUUUUAUUCUCUUCAGUUCAGAGGUGUUAUUGUGUAAAUGUAUUCAGAAUGAAAAAAAAUUGAUGUUAUAGUGUUUUGUGUCCUGCUCUGGCAGCUUAGACAAACGGGUUGGUGGGUCUGGCUGCUCAGCAGUGUCAUAGCAGAUUUGUUGUGCAAACUUUGGAGAUUUAAUGUUCCUGCUGUUUUAUAAUUGCCUUUUGAUUUUGCAUUUGGCUAACCAACAACUAUCCAAGGGUCCAGCAUGGUCAGACUGAAGUCGAACUGUCGAUGUGCGGUCACAAGGUUGUGGAACGUUCGUUUUUGUAAACACUGUCCAAAGUCCACAAGACUUUGAACGGAGCUCCUGUGAAACCCUUCCUGCUGCAGAACAGGUCAUGGUGUUUUGUCAUACGUGUGGCUUACAACACUAGAGUAAACACAGAGGUCAUAGCAAAGAGGAAUGACUAUUACGAUUUCAGAGGUGGAGAAAAUAAUAAUUGACUAGCUGCAAUGUCGUAUUUUAUUUUAGUUAUUGGAAGCCAAAAAAAAGAAGAACAAAUGGCCUCAGUGGGUCAUUUGCCAGCUGCAAUGGACCAGAACCAAACGGGGAGUUUAGUGUUGUGUCCAACAGUAUAUACUUCCUCACAGCCCGGGAUAAUUCCUCUUUAGAGCUAUCCAUUCUGCUCUCUGGCUAAAAAAAAACAGCUUCUGAAAGUUGAUUAGUUGGGGAUUGUCACAA